AUGGAUGAUCAAGCGAAAAUUUUAAAGUUUCUAGUCUCAGCUGAAAAGUUAGCAGAUGAAAUUCUUAGUGACAAACGAGAAAUAGUUCUAUUAGAUAAAAGAAGAAAUCAAAAUCGAGAAGCUCUGAGGGAUCUCACUAAAGCCCAACAAAAGAAAUGUUGGGUAACUGUUGGUUCUGUUUUAGUGAAACAUAAUUUUGAAUCAACAAAAGCCCUAUUGGAGGCAGAUCAAAAGCAACUUAACAUGGACAUUAACACUUUACGUAGUAAUUUAAAAGUGAAAAUUAACUCUCUUAGAGACUUAGAAAUGCAAGCUCCAACACCUGGAUUGACACUUGUACCAUUGUCAAAUAAAGAAACCGAAGCUUUAUCAAAAAGUGGUAUUUUAUAA